CAUUGGCAUCAGUACCAACAGAAGAAACUCUCUUCCAAAAAACACAAACGGCCAUUGAAGGUUAGUCAAGAAGAUAAAUCCUGAGACCAGCGAUGUCAAAUCUUACGAAUUUGACAUGUCCAAAAUCAGAAAAAGACCAGGUUUUUGUGGUUGUGUAUUCAGUGGUUUUCAUUUUUGGACUAAUCCUCAACCUGACCGCACUUGUGAUUUUUUUCCGUAACUCUAAAUCACGCUCGCACACCACCGUGUACAUGAUUCACCUGGCCUUUGCUGAUAUUAUUCUGGUUUGUACACUUCCUGUGCGGAUCUAUUACCACGGGGGGUUGGGGGUUCCGAACCUGAAAAUCUGUGAAUUUGCUGGUCUCAUACUGCUAAGUAACAUGUACAGCAGCAUCUUCCUCCUCACGUGCAUUAGCCUUGACCGUUGCGUAGCAGUCUGCUUCCCGCUGUCUUCUCGUGUCCGUGAGGGACGCAAGAAAGCAUGGUGCGUGUGUCUGGGAAUCUGGAUCCUAACUAUUACAACAAGCUUGCUGAUCUACUUUCAAAAGAAGCAAGACAAUACACAGCACAACAUCACAUGUUUUAGUAGUUUUCCUAGAAUUUCGACUCAGAAACCUGCUCUCGCUUCCACUCUAAUUGUUGGGUUUGGGAUCCCACUGACUGUUAUGAUUGUCAGCUCAUGGGGGCUCAUCCGAGCUAUUAGUAAAAGCACAGCUGUCCAGACUAGCGACCUAGUAGACAGCGGAAGGAUUAAAAGGAUGAUAAUAACAAACGUGGCCAUCUUUCUGUUUUGUUUUCUGCCAUAUCAUGUUAUGCUCGUGCUACUUGAUGACUAUAAAAAUCCGUGCUCACUGUUAACAGCCUACCAGUAUAGCCUCAUGGUAGCCUGCCUGAAUGCAAUGCUGGACCCCGUGGCGUACUACUUCACAACGGAGACGUUUCAAAGAAAAAUGGACGUUGAAGCUGUACGCAAAAAAUGGCAAAUGAACAGUCACAGCUCAGAAGGAAACAACUGCUCACGUGCCCACAACGUGAGAGCAUCAGUGGGGUCUAUUCAACUCACAAGAUCAAAAUGAAUGUUCAUGUAGGCUAGGUCUCUCGUGCUUACAUCGACAUAGUUUACAUGACAAUUCACAUAUAGCUAUCUGCUUUUGUAAGAAGGAAACAAGUUGAGAGAUAGAAUAAUCAUGUAUGACUCAAAGGUUUUAAAAACAAAAAACAAAAUAAAAAGAAAGAAAGAAAACCACAAGAAGUCUGACUUUUACAUUUCUGGAUGAACUGCUGACUGCAUGCAAGCACAGUAUGUGCAAAAAUAAGUGUGGUCUUUAUCAUAUAUGCAUCUCUGAUAAAGUAAGUAAAUGACUCAUUCAGUCAUUGAUGUGCAACCCCUACUUUUUUUUCACAAGGAGCUCUCACUGGGAAGCCAUUGUAAUGUAACAGUAUGAUAAAUUAGGAUCAUUUUUUUGAUGAAUAUAUGCAAAAGACAGUGAACUUAUUCUAAGACAGUUAGAUUAGAGCAUUAUAUUCUCAUCAUGCUUUUCAGUAAUUAUUCAUAACCUUUCAG